UAAUAUUGAGGCUAUUGUCAGCUAGCUAACUUCCAACUGAAAAAAAAUUGAAUGUUUAUUAUAUUAACCUAAGAGUAUUAGUAGAUUUAGGUAGGGUAGGUAGAACAUUCACAUAUUUCUAAGGUAUCCUAUACUCAGUAUGUCUGUUGAGAAACCAUCAAAACAAAGUGUUAGCAUGUAUUUAGCGACACACUGCUAAUACUCUGAUGAAGGCUAGCUGACAUGUAGUUAAGAGUUACUUAUCAACAGCUGUCUAAAGGGUACCAUAAAAAUGAUAAAACUGAUAUUAUAUAUAAAACAUUAAAAUUAAAAAUCAAAGCAAAUGUGUCACACAUUCAUCUGAUGUGAUAUCUGAUCUUAUUGCUGUUUAAGGGGGGACAUUUUUUAUAAUAGUAUAGUUAUUAUUAUUACUUAUAAGUGGUAUUUGACCACUUCAGGUAAAGUAACAUAAGUAAAAUGGCAAGAUAUGAGAAAUAUAAUCCAUUAACUUAAGUGGAUAAAUGAUCAUACUAUAAUCACAAAUAAGUAAAUAUUAUAACACAUUAAAACCAUCCAAGAGAUUAUACAUUCAUUAUACAUGCAUUAUAAAGCCUUAAGAAACCCCUCAUAAUGUAAAAAUACGUUUCAUAGAAAGUGUCACCCCAAGUUCAUUCGAAAUAGAAAAGAAAGAAAUCUUUGUACCACAUCUAAGUGUUAUGAGUAGACGUGUUCCUGUCAGAGGAUUUCUCUCCAGGUGGCGCUGAGGCUCAAGAAGCAGCUCCUCCACCGAUUCACAUCCAGAUCUUUCAUUUGCAAGUAUAAAUUAAAACUUAAAACGUUCAAAAUGGCCAUUUGAUGUGCUUGUUCCUUCCCCUGGAGAUCUGCGUCGCAAUCAUAUAUUUAAUUAUUGAUUAAAAAGCUCUCGUCGGUAAUCAAACGAAGGUUAGUGGUUCGUUCUGCUCAGCGCUGAGGAAAGUAACACGACCCACGUGACUCUGGACGCGCGCUGCUUCACACGUAGCCAUGAGAAAUAGCUUGAUGUCACGGGCAAAUUUCACUAGACGAUACAAUUUAAGGUACACGGCGAGUAAAUAAAAAUAAAUGGAAAUCCGCCGUGUCUGACCAGUUUGAAACAAGUGGAUGGGCUAAGCCCCGCCCAUUCCCCGACUGUGAUGCUGAUCGCCUUUCUCUGCGCGGAGCGUGUUUUUGUGGAUUCUACCUGCUUGUGCGGUUAACACAGUUUUAGACAAACAACGACAUCAGCAACACCUUGUCAUUCGGUGGAUUCCUCUCCGUUAUGAGCUCGUUGCUCGCACCGCGUCGGUGAAGGCUCGGGUUCGGUGAAGAUGGGUCUCAGGAGGACCGCGCUGCUCUUCUUCUUGUGCUCGCUGACGCUGGUUCUUCACGGCAGCCGCAGGAGACACGCGCGCUGCCCCGCGUCAUGCACGUGCAGCAAAGAUAACGCCUUGUGCGCCAGCACCGGAUCGAUACCGAGGAGCUUCCCGCCGGAUGUCAUCUCACUAUCAUUCGUCAAGUCCGGCUUUAAUGAAAUCCCUAAAGAGAGUUUCAUUCACACGCCAGCCCUCCAUCUUCUACUUUUCACAGCAAACAACUUUGAUUCCAUAAAUGAAGAUGCGUUCCUCGGUCUUCCUCACCUGGAGUAUCUUUUCAUUGAAAAUAACCAAAUCAAGUCCAUAUCGCCGUUUGCCUUCAGAGGACUCAAGUCCUUAAUACAUUUAAGUUUGGCGUACAAUAAUUUGGAGACACUACCGAAAGAUCUUUUCAAAGGGAUGGAAGCUUUGACUAAAGUGGAUCUGAGAGGGAAUCUUUUCAGCUGUGACUGUAAGUUAAAGUGGUUAGUCGACUGGAUGUUUCACACAAAUGCAACUGUAGAUCAGAUCUUCUGCAAUGGCCCUGAAGCUUACCAGGGCAAGAAGAUCAAUGACCUUGUGGCACAGUCAUUUGAUUGCAUAACAACAGAUUUUUCAUUGCUGAAGUCUCUUGACUUUCAGUCCAUUUCCGUCGAGGCCUUUGGGUUUGGCGGAGACCAGUUUGUUGUCUUCGCCCAGCCUUUCAUCGGCAGGUGUAGUUUCAUGGAAUGGGAUCACGUACAAAUGGAGUUCAGGAACUUUGAUAAUAUCACAAGCACCUCCACCGUCAUCUGCAAACCUCUAGUCAUCGACGGUCAGCUCUUCAUUAUAGUAGCCCAACUGUUUGGAGGCUCACACAUCUUCAAGCGAGAUGUCUCCGCAAACAAAUUUAUCAAAAUCCAAGACAUCGACAUUCUGAAAGUCCGAAAGCCAAAUGAUGUGGAAAUCUUCCACGUCGACGAAGAGUCUUUCUUCAUCAUAGCCGACAGCUCCAAGGCCGGCUCGACAACUAUUUAUAAGUGGAACGGCAACGGCUUCUACUCCCAUCAGUCUUUGCACCCCUGGCACCGUGACACUGAUGUGGAGUAUCUGGAGAUUUCUGGGAAGCCUCAUCUGAUCUUGUCCAGCAGCUCUCAGAGGCCGGUCAUCUACCAGUGGAACAAGAGCACCAAGCAGUUUGAACGGCGCACGGAUAUUCCAGAGAUGGAGGACGUGUACGCGGUCAAACACUUCACCGUGAAGAGCGAGCUCUACAUAUGCCUGACCCGCUUCAUCGGUGACUCCAAGGUGAUGAAAUGGGAUGGCAACAUGUUCACUGAGAUCCAGACCAUGGCCUCUCGUGGCUCCAUGGUCUUCCAGCCGUUCUCGAUAGCCAGCUGGCAGUACGCCAUCCUAGGCAGCGACUACGCCUUUACUCGGGUCUAUCGCUGGGACGCAAAGAAAAGACAGUUCAUUCACUUCCAGGAACUGAACAUUCAGGCACCCAGGGCUUUUUCUCUGGUGUUUAUUGACAACAGGGAGUUCCUUCUUGGCUCUAGUUUUAAGGGGCAGACACGUAUAUAUGAACACCUGGUCCUUGACUUGAGUAGCUGAUUUGCUUCAUCGGGACGGUUGAGGACUCAGUGGAUCUCGCAAAGAACCUGUCCAAAACACGCCCAGGUCAUGUUUACUAUUGUUUAAAGUAAAUGAAGCCUGUUUUAGGCUCUCUAUAGUGUUACCUUCUUUUUUGUACUGUACUGCUUAGUGUUCAGGUGAAAUAUUAUCACCAUGCCUAAAACUCAUAGCUGCCCUAAAUGGGCUUCAUUUUCUUUCUGCAAAACACUUUUUCCCCUUUUGAUUUUGGAGUGAAAUAUGACUAAGACGUUUUCAUCAGAUUGACCCUCCUCUUCUCAGCAUGAAGACUCUUUGCAUGAUGGUGCCGUUAAGUAGGUACCGCCAUUGAAAUUAUACAAGGGUUUGGUUUUUUUACAUUAUGUUCUCAUUGCACUCAUUCAUUUCUGUUGGUGUUUUUACUCUGUGACUACUGUAUUUUCAUUGAAAUACUUGCUAUCCUAUUUAUUAAUGUUUAUCUCGACUGAAACGGACAACUUGUUUACUGCUUUCUGUGUGGCAGCUGGGUGAAAUAAUUGAUAUGCAGAUUGGAAAUUUGAAAUACACAAACAGUUUGACCCUGAGUAGUGUGUAGUGUUACCAUUGUUUUUUAGCAUUUGCCUGUUUGUUUGAAUCUUAUUAACUACUAACCAGUGUCAGUACUUUUUUCAACAAGAUGAAAAUAUUUGUAAAGAGAUGAAGAGAUUCUAUAUCCCGACAUAAUGAAACUGAUGUUGUUUUACUGGAUACGUUUAUGCAUGCAGUUUCAUGCCUACAUUUGAGACACUGAUAGUAACUUUAAAUAAAGACUUUCCAGAAUGUUAAAUGUUGUAUAUUGUCAAACUGCGAGAGGUCAUUUUUCAGUGAUUCAGGAUGAAAUUACUUUCUUUCCACUUGGAAAAAGAAAUUUUGUGGGCUGUUGUUCUGAAAAAAGUUCAUGACCAUUCAAUAAUGUGUGUCACUGCCAUUAGACACAUUUGGCAUUAGUUGUAAUCCAACACAGCUAAGCCAGCGAAGACUGGAGACUCCAGGAAGGUGUGUUUAACCCGCACCCUGGUUUUUAGAUCACCAGGAAGUGAUCAUAACAUUAUAUGACUAUUUGAAUGA